AUGGAGGAGGCGCUGCUCUCCACCCCCAUCAACCCCAACAACUUCCCCGCCAAACUGUGGCGGCUGGUGAACAGCCCCCGGUACCGCUCGAUCCGCUGGGACGGCCGAGGCGAGGGGCUGCUCAUCGACCAGCCGCUCUUCGAGGCCGAGCUGCUCAGCCCGACCGUGGCGGGGGUCGGCGGCUGCAGCGGCGGCGUCGGGGGCGCCGGAGCCGAGCCCGAGCUCUUCAAAACCACCAACUUCACCAGCUUCAUCCGCCAGCUCAACCUCUACGGCUUCCGCAAGGUGGUGCUGGGCGGGCCAGGCGCGGCGGGGCCCGGGCCGGGGGGCGGCGGGCCGGCGGGCGACGGGCCCCUGCACCACUUCCACAGCCCACACUUCCGCCGCGACCAGCCGCAGCUGCUCGUGCACCUCAAGAGGCUCACCAGCGCCAACAAGGCCAAACUGGCGGCCGGCCUGGAGGUGCCCUGCCGGCCGCCCAACCGCUUCCAGAGGCUCCUCAUCACGUCGGCCUCCGCCUCGGCCUCCGCCUCGGCCUCGGCCUCGGCCUCCGCCGCCACCUCCCCGCUGCCACACCAGGAGCCGCCGCCGCCCGCGGGGUCCCGGCCCGAGCCGCACGGACCAGUGACUGUAGGACAAUUCCACCGGUCGUUCCAGCGAGAUAGUUUGUCUCCUUACUCCUACGUAUCAGCUUCAUCCCACAACCACGGUACUUUCCCUGUGAAAGGUUUAGAUCGGACCCCAAUUCCUCCUAGAACUUGGCAGAACUCUCUUGGAAUGCACCCAGGACAAGUGGAAACGUCUCCCACUUUUUCAGAUAAAGGGGUUCCAUUUCCUGUACUACAGAGGUUUCCAACUGAGGUUACAUAUACCCUGCAGCCCAGUGCCACAUCCGUACAUGUUCAGCAAGGUCCUCAAACAAUGGUCAGCUCCUCCCAAAAAUAUAGUAACUACACACCUUCAGCGCAGUUCUCCCAAGCCUACUAUCCAACAGCUGUGCUGCAGUGCUGCUCUCCUUCUACCCACAUGGACACGCUCAGUAGUUGUGUGACUCCCACUGCCCCUUCCUAUGCACAUUGCAAUUACUUCCAGAAUCCUCCAGUGCAAUCUUCCUAUCCAGUUGAAUUUCUGCCUUCUAAUUGGCCUUGCAGUGCUACUGAUGAAAAUAAAAAGACAGAAGUAAACCUAGAGGCUGUUUUUCAGAUAGUAGAUGAGUUGCAUUCCUCCCCUAAAUUGGAGAUGGUAAAGGUGGAGCCUGUUGAGAAUCAGUGUUCAACAUCUCAGUCUAACAGAAGCCAACAUAUCCUAGCUAAUUCAAACAACAGCAAUCCAUCUUCCACAAGUCAGGCUAGCCAGCUGGAGCCACUUACUGCUGUAGGCUCAGAUAUUACGUCUUUUGUGGUCGGCACAGAACAAGCAAUUACCUGCUCUCUACCACAGUCACCUGAGUACAUCUAUGCCAUCCACACAGCUCAGCCUGUUGAAAAUACUACAAUGCAGGAGUCUGAAGCCAACCAGCAAGCUCAUGUCAAACUGAAGGAGCAGCUAAGUCAUAAUCCAUCUCCGUCUUCAGUAGUAUUUGUGCAGGAAGGGCUACCGUUCAGCACACACCAGGUGGAUGCCAGUAUAAAAUGCCAGAUCAAAACACCUGAGAAUAUCUUGCCUUCAGAACAGAUGGGAUUCCUUAUUUCAGAAAUGGGGCCUGCUAGCAAGCCUAGUACAGACACAGGUUUAUCCACUCCAACGAGAUACAGAGAGCGAAGAAGCAACUCACAGCAAGGAAAGUCCCCUGAUCUUCAUCUGCUGGUGGAUGUGGCCUGCAAGCAGGAGCACUUUCCACAGGAGGAAGAAUUAAAAGAGUGAGAAUGGAUGACAAACGUGACAUUGUGCACUGGCUGUAGCUGGAGGCAGACUAGCCUUGCACAUGACACA